AUGGAUUGGCUCCUGAGCACCGGCUUGUCGGCCACCGCCGGCGCGUGGGGCGCCCACGCAGGCCUCGGCGACGAAGUGGACAGGCUGCGUUCCGUGCUGUCCCGCGUGCAGGCGCUCGUCGAGCAAGCGGAGCAGUGGCGGUUCGCCAACCCCGGUGUCGCCGAUCUCCUCGCGCGGCUCAAGGACGCCGCCUGCGACGCCGAGGACCUCGCGGACGAGCUUGCCACGGACGAGAAGCAGGCGAGCCAGAGCCUCUUCCCAUCCGCGCGCAGUUUCCUGCGCGGAUUGGUCACCGGCGCGGCGGAUAGAGCCAGAGGCGUCAGGUCUCGGCUCGAGUACGCGUCCACCGACCUGGAGCGGGCCCUCGCCGUGCUGGACGCGGCCGGCAAGGCGACGCCGCGGCGCGCGUUCCGGGAGACGAGCUCGUUCGCCGGGAGGCCCCUGGUUCUCGGCAGAGACCGGGAGCGCGAGGAUGUGGUCCGUCUGCUUCUGAAUCCGCUCCAUGCCCACGAUUCCGGCGAUGGCGGCGGCAGCGCGAAGCGACGGAAGAGCCGUGACGGCGUGGCCGUGCUGGCGAUCCUUGGCAUGGGCGGCGUAGGGAAGACCACUCUGGCGCAGGUUGUGUACAACGACCAGAGGGUGCAGGACCACUUCGACCUGCGGAUGUGGGUUUGCCUGCCGGAAUCGCCGGACGUGACGCUGGUGACCAAAGCGAUCAUAGAGUCGGCGACCAACGGGGCGGUGGCGCAAACUGGCCUUGGCAAUUUGGACUCACUUCAGGUGGUUCUCAGGGAUUUGGUCAGGUCCAAUAGGUUCCUUCUUGUCCUUGACAAUGCCUGGUGUGAGGACAGUGUGGAGUUUCAGACGCUCAUCGCGCCACUGAAGUUUGGGCAUCCUGGAAGUGCCAUCUUGGUGACCGGUCGCUCUUGCAAGGUUGCUGAUGCCGCCGGAGCGGCGGAACUGUUAUGUCUGAAUGGGUUACCGGAGGAGGCUUACUGGGAGCUGUUCAAGCAGUAUGCAUUCGGCGAUGAGGACCCUGCAGACCAUCCUGAAUUGGUGGCCAUUGGCAAGAAGAUUGCCCAUAGGCUCAAGGGCUCCCCUCUUGCUGCCAAGACUGUCGGUGGGGCACUGAGCUCUGACAUGAGCACAAAGCAUUGGAGCAUAGUCAUGGCAAGUGGGUUGUGGGAGCUUGAUCAAGGUGCAGGAGGCAUUCUCCCGGCUCUUCGACUGAGUUACCAGUACCUCCCUGCAUACCUCAAGCAAUGCUUUGCAUUCUGUGCGAUAUUUCCAAAGGGGUAUAUCUUCGGGAAGGAGACUCUGAUUGACAUGUGGAUUGCAGAAGGCUUCAUCUCUCCUCAAGGCGACUUUGGGAACAAAUGCUUGAAAGAAUUGCUCAACAAGUCCUUUUUUCAGCAACACAUAUUCAGUGACUCAUGUUUCGUCAUGCAUGACCUGAUGUCUGAUCUCGCACAGUCACUCUCUAUAGAUGAAUGUUUUUGUCUGACUGAUGAAAGAUGCCUUCUGAAAAUCCCUUCCACUGUUCGCCAUCUGUCAGUGUGCACCAAACAUCUUGAACUGGGCAAGUUUCUUGAACUGGGUAGAUACCCAAAGCUGCGGUCACUUUUGAUUCUCGGUAUGUCUGGGCAAGAUUUGAGUUGCUCACUUGAUAUUUUGUUUGAUAAACUGAGUAAUAUCCGCGUGCUGGUGCUACGGGAGUGUGCGAUCAAAGAGCUCCCUAGGAAUAUUGGCAAUCUAAAACUUCUCCGGUAUAUCGAUAUCUCUUACACAAAGAUCCAAUGGUUGCCUGACUCCAUCUGCCAGCUAAGCAAUUUGCAAAUUCUGAAUGUACUGAACGUCCCUCUGAAGAACCAUCCCAACGGUUUGACUAGAUUAGUCAAUCUGAGGAAAUGUUACAUGAAUGAACCGAUUACUUCGGUGAUGAGCAAUAUAAGCGCUUUGACAUCACUCGAGAACUCGUUGGUAUUUGAAAUUCCGAAAGGACAAGGGCACAGAAUCGCCGAACUGAAGGACAUGACACAGCUGACCGAAACUUUACAUGUUACGAAUCUUGAGAAUGUUGUGAAGGAUGAUGCCUUAAAAGCCAAGAUGAACACAAAAGCGCACAUACAACGGUUGAUUCUGGAAUGGUCUUCAAGCGAAGCUGGUAAUGCGGAAUUCAGCAAUGCCAAGUAUUCACAAGAAAGCAUUAUUGUUGAAUCAUUUGAGCCCCAUCCCAACCUUGAGAGUUUGAAAUUGAAGCACUACAGUGGCAUCCAAACACCAUCUUGGUUGCAGGCUGGAAACCUUUGCUGUUUGUGUGAGCUCAGUCUCUCCAACUGUCAUUUCCUAACUGAAAUCACCAGCCUCCCUUCUUCCCUCAGGAGGUUGCACAUCAUACGAUGCAGAAACCUGAGGAGUCUCGAUGAGUGUCUACAGGCACAGAGCUUGCAGGGAAUCGCGGAAAUAACUGUUAUGAACUGCUCAAAACUAGCAUUGCUCCCUGUGGAAAGAUUUCGGGGCUUUGCUUCUCUUCGCGUAUUGGAAAUUCAAAAUUGUCCAGAGCUUCCACCCACAAGGAAACUGACCCUGCCGCCAUCGAUGGAGGAGUUGCUUAUGAGGUCAUGCGGCCAUGUUGAUGCGUCACUUCCAUCCUGCUUGCACAACCUGUCUUCACUCGUAACCUUGGUUAUAUACAACUGUCCUAACUUACUGUCCCUUCCAGCAGAAAUAGUUUCGCAGCUGCGAUCACUCCGAGGGAUGUAUGUCGAUAACUGCAGCAGCCUGCAAUCCUUGGGUGGAUUGCACCACCUUUCGUCACUCAUCAACCUGCACAUUGUGAACUGCCCUAGGUUGACAGACCUUGAUCCCUCGAUGUUUCUCGACGUCGGCGAAGGCCGGGGGAUGCAGAAGCUCGAGUGCCUGACCAUCAGUAGCACCUCUCUCCUUAGCCUGAUGAUGAGAAGCACAUUACCUGCUCUUAAGAUCGUUGUCCUGUACCAGUCCACCGACUCCGCGGUUGUUCAUGGCCCUCGCAACAAGAAGUUGUGUUGGUGUUUCCCGUCGGUGCAAGAGCUGUUGUUUCAGGACUGUGGGAAUCUUGUUGCACUCCCUGAAGAGCUGUGCACUUUGUCGACUCUCCAGUUCCUGCGGAUAUUCAACUGUCCGAAGAUCCAGUCAUUGCCACAUACGGGCUUGCCGGUCUCCCUGAGGACAUUGUCCUUCGAGAAGUGCCACCCGUUGCUGGAGGAGCAGUUAAAGAGGCUCAAGUUCUCCUACAAUACGGCGUAG